UUUCUGAAAGGGGCUAAAUAAAUAAUGUUAAGAGGUUACAUUUGUGAGGAAAUAUUGAACCAAGAGAUGGUUGAGCCUAGUAGUAUUCCCACAGUUGACCUCUCUGUUUUCUUAAGAGAAAAAGAGGAUGGCAAAAAGAAAGCCAUGGAAACAAUCACAAAAGCAUGUUCUGAAUAUGGUUUCUUCCAAAUUAUAAACCAUGGUGUUUCUUUAGAUUUAAUGAAACAAGCUAUUGAACUAUCCAAGACAUUUUUCGAUUAUUCAGAUGAAGAAAAGAACAAGAGCAGUCCUUUGUCUAAUUCACCACUUCCUGCUGGCUAUGGUAGACAGCAUAUGCAUUCACCUGACAAAAAUGAGUACUUGCUUCUUUUUCCUCCAUGGUCCAACUUCAAUGUUUAUCCUCAAAACCCUCCCCAGUUCAGGGAAGCGAUUGAAGAACUAUUUGUACAAAUGAGCAAGAUUGCAGUGAUAAUGGAGAACAUUAUAAAUGACUGUUUAGGCCUGCCUUCCGAUUUCCUCAAGGAAUUCAACCAAGACAGGAGCUGGGAUUUGAUGUCGUUCAAGCGAUAUUUCCCAGCUUCUAAAGAAGAAAAUGUUGGAAUCGCAGAGCAUGAAGAUGGGAAUUGCUUAACCUUUGUUGUUCAAGAUGGAGUAGGAGGUUUGCAAGUCCUUAGGAAUGGAGAAUGGAUUCCUGUUGUCCCUGCAGAGGGAACCAUUGUUGUUAAUGUUGGCGAUGUUAUUCAGGUCUUGAGCAACAAAAAAUUCAAGAGUGCAACUCACCGAGUAGUAAGAAAAGAUGAACAAAGCCGAUACUCAUUUGUAUUAUUCCAUAACUUGAAUGGAGAGAAAUGGGUUGAACCAUUGCCACAAUUCACGAAAGAGAUUGGAGAAGCACCCAAGUAUAGAGGAUUCUUGUAUAAGGAGUAUCAGCAACUGAGAAUGAGGAACAAGACACAUCCACCUUCUCAGCCUGAGGAUGUAAUCCACAUUACUCACUAUGCAAUUGAUCCUUAGACUCUUCUCUAUUGACACUUGUGUUUUAUGUGUGGACUCAUCAUUAAAAUAAAUAUAUAUGGUUGCCCUAUUUCAUAGCUUGGGUUAUUUGUGAUGGUUCAAUAUUGUUGCUGUCACUUAAAGUCAAACUGAUAAAUUAAGGGUCUUUUCUGGGUGA